AUGUCGUUGCAAGCGAGUGGGAAUGGGAACAAUGGGCAGAAUAAGACCUCUCUGAAAUCCACCAAUCUUGACAAGGUGCCGUCAAGCUCCCCGCUUCGGGAGUAUCUCGCAUCGGACCAAAGCCGCGGCGUUCGAUUCGCAGCUGAUGAUAGGGCUGGUGGUGGGAACACGACUCUUCACGAUCUCAAUAAUUUCAUGCAACAAAAUACUGACAAGAACAUCGUCGACGAUGCGAGGAACUCUAUGGCAAGCGGCACCUCGAACACACACUGGGGGAGGAAGUGA